AAAAUAUGGUAAAUCUUACUCGUAAAAAUUAAGACGAUACUUUGUUUUCAUGAUUAAAUUUACCUCAAUAACGUUAAAGAUAUAUCACAGAGAGAGAGAUGGCAACGAUGUGACUGUGGCCUUCAUUUUGGUAUUUUGGAGUACGUAGAAUGUAAUUUUGUGGUGUUAAAAUAACGGUAGUGAGAAAUAAUUUCAAAUAAAAGUAAUUGUGUAUAUAGGUAUAACAUUACGAAAUAUUGAUAAGGUGCAACAUCCUUAAUUGUACAAAUUAAUCAAGACUUUACAAUAUUUAAGGUAACAAUUCAGAAAAAUGGUUACAGAACAGUUUUCAUUAUGUUGGGAUAAUUUCCACAAGAACAUGAGUCAAGGGAUGCAAUCAUUACUUGAAAAUGAAGAUUUAGUAGAUGUUACUCUUGCUGUGGAGGGUCGGUAUCUUAAAGCCCAUAAGAUGGUACUUUCUGUAUGUAGCCCCUACUUUCGGGAAUUGUUCCAAAGUAAUCCUUGCAAACAUCCUAUAGUGUUUAUGAAAGAUGUGAGCUAUAUAGCUCUAAGUGACUUACUUCAGUUCAUGUAUCAAGGAGAAGUACAAGUGGCACAAGAAAACUUAACUACAUUCAUCAAAACUGCAGAGUCCCUUCAAAUUAAAGGGCUCACAGGCGAUGGUAAUCAAAGUGAAACGGAUAUUGAGAUAGAGCCAGAUAAGCCUCCUGAUACUUUUCCUAAAAAAUAUCGAGAGCAAGUUGAAACCCCCAAACCUGCCUUAUCAAAUUCACCCAGGCCGAAAAAGCCUUUGCCUGGUCCUGCAUCAAAACGUCCUAAAUUACAAACUAGUCUUAUAUCAGAAUCAGGAACUUCCUCUGUUUCCACUAAAUCGGAAGCAUCAUCUGGGGGCCCAACGACACAAGAAAUAAUACAGUUUAAAAUGGAACCAUAUGAACAAAGCAAUAUAGAAUCUGUGGAAAAUCAGGAAGAGACAUACGGAAGUGAAACGCUUGACGACACAGCUCAAGGAGUAGGAGAUGAUACAGAAGACUUUUCAUUGAUGGAAACUGGUGACGAUGAACCACAUCCAGGAACUAGCGGUGACGGCACGGGAGAUGGACAAGAUGUGAAGUUUUCUAUUGAGACCAGUGAAAAGAAACCAAAAAAACGGAUGAAUGCUAGAAUGCGCUUUGUUGUUGAUGGUUUUGUCUACCAUAACAAUGUUAUUGCUGGUACACCGCCUUUAAGAUAUUUGGGUUGUGCAGAGUUUAAACGGGCGGGAUGCAGAGCCAGGGCAAGUAUACCAGUUGGGGGUACUUUGGAUCAAUUGAAGGUAACGAAGCCUCAUAAUCACCCUCCCGAUAUUAAUGCAGAAGAAAGAUAUGAAUUCGUUAAAGAAUUGAAAAGUGCAGUUCGUUCGAUGCAAAACGCAACGCUUAAAAAGGUUUACGAAACCAUUGCAGAAAUAUAUCCAAGUGGUGCUGAAGAAAUUCCAUUUAAAUCGAUAAGCUCGUCGUUACACCGAUGGCGUUGUAAUCCCCAUUUAUAAAAUAUGGAAAACUUGUAUCCAUUCUUUUAGAUAUAUUAUUCACAUAAGGACUGCUUUUUCGUAUUAUAUUUAUUUAUCAAGUUAUACUCAUGUCUUGGAGUUUCUUUUUGGUUUGGAUGUAUUAAAUCAAUGUAAACUUACAGGAAUUCCACGAAUAUGGUUUUCGUAUUUUUUUUUUUUAAUUUAGUUUUGUAAGUACCUGGUAUUUAUUGUUUAUG